AUGUCCAUGCGACGGUCAGAUCCCGUAAAAGUGCAAUGCGUCUCACCCGUCUCCACCCACUGUCGCGUCAAAAGCACAUUAUCAGCGCGUUCACUUUCGUUAUCGAGCACCUACGACUUCUUCGUUGCAGAAUGCUCAUUUACUGAGGUACUGAAUGAGUGUGCCGCAAACGAAGACCUGAAGAAGCAGAUGAACGAUGAUGAUGUCAACGGAAUGCAGCAUAGAGACCAGUUUUUCGACUUGGCAGGUCUGAAGGACGAUGAAUACAGAAGGAAGUUCCGCCAACGGUUGUCGAUCACUAUUAGAUCAUGGACCAAGAAGAGCAUGAGUAACGCUGAUCCUCACUAA